UUCAGAACUCAUAAUAUACACAUUCCAGUCUGUUUGUGCCAUUGCCAACUAUAAUUAUUGUUUGAUCUCCUCACCCAUCUCUAUGUACUAGACAACACCUUGUGCCAUAUAGUAUUUUGAUUUACAUCAAUCAGUUAACAAUCGAUUGAUCUACCAUUGAGCUAUUGAGAAAUAACAAGAGAUUCGAUAAGUUAAUAUUGAGAUUUAACUUUGUGCACUCUUCACUUCUCAAUCACUAAUAUCAGUGGAAGAAGACUUUGGUGUAGAGGAAGAAGGAGCAAAAAUAACAAUGGCCGAUCCAGUAAUUGGUGCUACUGUUCAAGUUGUGCUUGAGAAGCUGCUUUCUCUCACUAUUGCGGAGGCCAAAACUUUAAGGAACUGCAAGAAAAAUCUCAGAAUGCUCACAAAAUAUGUAUCCAUCAUCCAAGCUUUCAUUCAUGAUGCUGAAAGACGACAAGUCGAAGAUCAGGCUGUGGAAGAAUGGCUUAAGAUGCUUGAGAGAAUUGCUGAAGAUGCUGAAAAUGUGUUUGACAAAUUCACAUAUGAAUCUCUCAAAGCACAAGUGAUGAAAAACCGAGCCAAACUGAUGGAAAAAGUCCGUAGCUUCUUUUCUAAUAAUGUUUUCAAUUACAAAAUGUCUCGAAAAAUCAACAACAUCAAUGAAGAGUUGAGGGCUAUCAAUCAGUUAGCCAAUGACCUCGGUCUCCAAGCACUGACUGUUCCUUCUCACAAAAUACUACAAAUCCGAGAAACAGACUCCGUAGUAGUUGCUUCGGAUGUUGUUGGUAGAGACAAAGAUGUUGCUGAAAUAAAGGAGAAGAUUUUGAAUAUCAGAGAGGAAGUUGUUCUGUGCACCAUUCCCAUAGUGGGUAUGGGGGGGUUAGGGAAAACUACAGUGACCAAGAGAAUUUUCAAUGAUGAUCACAUCAAGCAGCACUUCGAAAAGAGAGCUUGGUUGUGCCUACCUGAAAUGUCAGAAAUUAAGAGCUUUCUUGAACUGAUCCUCGAAUCAUUGACACAGAGGAAAGUUGAGGUCCAGAGCAGAGAUAUAAUAGUCAAGAGACUACAAGAUGAAUUAGGAGGAAAAAAGUAUUUGCUGGUCCUGGAUGAUUUAUGGCGUGUUGACUCUACAUUGUGGCACGAUUUCGUGGACACCUUGAGGGGAAUAAAUACAUCCAGAGGAAACUGCAUUCUCGUGACUACUCGUAUGAAGCAGGUUGCCUCCAUAGUAGCAGCAGAUCUUCAUAUGUUGGGGAAAUUAACAGAUGAUCAUUGUUGGUCCAUUUUCAAACAUAAAGCAUUUGUUGAUGGGGAAGUUCCAAAAGAAAUGGUGAGCAUGGAAAAGAGGAUUGUUGAAAUAUGUCAAGGUCUACCGUUGGCUGCAAGUGUAUUGGGAGGCCUUUUAUGCAACAAGAAAAGACAUGAAUGGCAGGCAAUUCUUGAUGGCAAUCCCCUUGUAGGUGAAGAUGAUAAUGGGGAAAAUAGGACAAUGAAAAUCCUAAAACUCAGCUAUGAUUAUCUACCAUCCCCACAUCUGAAGAAAUGUUUUGCUUACUUUGCAAUGUUUCCAAAAGAUUUUAAGUUUAAAAAGGACCAACUAAUCCAACUCUGGAUGGCAGAAGGCUUUCUUCGUCCAUGUCAAGAGACCCCUGUGAUGGAAGACGUUGGGAACAAGUUUUUCCAACUCUUGUUGCAAUAUUCCUUGCUGCAAGAUGUUGAGCUAGAUGACCUCAAUAUUAUAAGACGUUGUAAGAUGCAUGAUCUUGUGCAUGAUUUGGCUGGAGAUGUCUUAAAAUCUAAACUAUUUGAUCCGAAGUGCGUUGUAGGAGAAAAACUUUCUCAAGUUCGAUACUUUGGAUGGGACUCACCAAGUGAUCAAAUAGAUAAGAUAUAUGAGCCAGGACAUUUGUGCACAUUGUUCUGGAAAACAAAUAUAUCUGAAGAUAUGCUGUUGAACUUUCAGUUCUUGAGGGUUUUAAAUUUGUCCAGGUCAGGCAUCAAGAAGGUGUCAGCCAAAAUCGGCAAGCUUAUAUACUUGAGAUAUCUUGAUCUCUCCGACACCAUGAUCAAAGUCUUACCCAAUUCCAUUUGCAAGCUCUACAAUUUACAGACAUUUAGUGUCCAUAAUUGUUCUUCACUCAUGAAGCUUCCAAAAGGAAUGGCAAAUAUGAUAAGUUUGAGACACAUAUGUUGCGGCCAUCAUUACCAAUCAGCUUUUUGUUUUGGUGGUUGCGGAUCAAGGUACCAAGGUAGUGAUCAGUUUCAGAUGCCACUUAAUAUGGGGCAAUUGACUAGUCUUCAAACACUAGAGUUUUUCAACGUAGGUUUAGAGAAAGGUCGUCAAAUAAAAGAAUUAGGUCGUUUGAAAAACCUUAGAGGUGCAUUGAUAAUCGGCUGUCUCCAAUUAGUCGGAAAUAAAGAAGACGCUCGAACAGCAUAUUUACAGGAGAAACCAAAUAUCUACAGGCUGGCAUAUUUGUGGUCCCAUGAUGAAUCAGAAGGCAGUGAGAUCAAUGAUGAACAUGUGUUGGAUGGUCUUCAACCGCAUCCUAACUUGAAAACCUUAGUAGUUGAGAACUAUUUGGGGACUAUAUUACCUUCAUGGUUCAGUGAAGAAUUGCUGCCAAAUUUGGUCAAGUUGAAAUUAAGUGAUUGCAAAAGGUGCAAAGAAAUUCCAUCCCUUGGACAACUGAAGUUCCUUCGGAAUCUUGAACUGACAGGAUUCCUUGAAUUGGAAUGCAUCGGACCUACAUUUUACGGUGUUGAUGUUAAUGAUAAUAGAUCAAGCAGCAAUAAUGGCAAUAUCCAAGUGUUCCCGUCAUUGAAAGAACUACUGUUGAAGGAUAUGCGUAGCCUUAUUGAGUGGAAGGGAGAUGAAGUUGGAGUAAGAAUGUUUCCUGGGCUUGAGAAGUUGACGAUUACAGACUGUUCACUGUUAAAAAGUACUCCUACUCAAUUUGAAAUCCUGCGUGAAUUAAGAAUUGAAGGAGUUGACAGUGAAAUGCCAUUGUUGAACUUGUGCAGCAACUUGACAUCUCUUGUGAAGCUUGAUGUUUCUAAAGUGAAAGAGCUCACUUGUCUUCCAGAUGAGAUGCUACGCACUAACGAUUCUCUUCAACACCUGUGGGUCACAAACUGCGGAAAGUUUCAUGAAUUGCCACAAAGCUUGUACAAUCUCCAUUCUCUUAAGAGAUUACAAAUACGCAGCUGCAAAAAUUUCAGUUCUUUUCCUGUUCCCAAUGGAGAGAAUUAUUUGACUUCCCUCCAAUGUCUUCAGUUAGUUUCUUGUGAUGGAUUGACCAGUUUACCAAGUGGAAUGCUAGACAAUUGCCGGUCUCUACAAAAUUUGAGGGUCAGCUACUGUAACAACGUAGUUUCCUUGCCUUUACAUGUGUGGGAAAUGCCUUCACUUUCAGAUUUGAAUAUAUCACGUUGUCCCAAAUUGAUUAGUGUACCCACAGGGGGCCUACACCGCCUCACCGGAUUAGGGAGAUUGGGAAUUGGUCCUUUCUCAGAGAUGGUGGAUUUUGAGGCAUUCCAAUUGAUUUUUAAUGACAUUCAGCAGCUGUUGUCCCUUCCUACAUUGUUUGUGUACGGACGUUUGCACUGGGAUUCUCUGCCCAAUCAGCUUAUGCAACUCUCUGCCCUAAAAGAGAUCUAUAUAUUUGAUUUUGGAAUCGAGGUUCUUCCGCAUAGUCUUUGCAAUCUUACUUCUCUUGAAAGAUUACAUCUAGAGAUGUGCAAUCGGCUACAACAUGUGGACUUCUUAGAUUCCAUCCCAAAAUUACGGGAUCUCUGGAUCCAAGAUUGUCCAUUGUUAGAAGUUCUGUCGGAUGGGCUCGGCAACCUUGGCUCUUUGGAAAAAGUAAGUUUGAUGGUGUGCAAGAAACUAGAGCGUCUGCCAUCCAGAGAUGUCAUGCAACGCCUCACCAAAUUAAGGAUCCUGGAUAUUUAUGACUGCCCACAGUUAGAAGAAAGUUGCACCAAUAGGAGAAGCCCAAACUCCCAGUGGUCCAACAUUUCCCAUAUUCCAAAAAUUAUAGUAGGUCUGUGGGUAAUUCAGGAGUCAGGACAGUUACUAGCUCCAAGGUAACGUUGCUGUGGUAAAUCAAGCCAAAUCCUAUGAGCAGCAGGCAAUUACUUUAGGUAAAUUUUCAUUUAGAGGUUACUAGGUACAAGGUCAUGGUAGAACGUGGUUGUGGUAUAUCAAGUCAAAAUCCAUGAACAGCAAUCGCCUUAGGAUUUGUUAUGUUUCAUAGAGGAAUCACCACUGUUAUUUUGAAGAACACAAUCUUCAGCUAUAGACUCAUUACGGAGCACUUUUUCACAAGUAUUUGGGUACUGAACAACCUUUUCGGGAACUGAAGUCUACAUAUGAAACAUCAAAAAACUCAAAGUGUAUAGGGUCCUCAAUGAGAAGCUACACUGGUCUAUCCUCUGUCUUUGCAUGGCCGUGUUUGUCUUUUUAUUAUCCAUGUGCUAUGAUGAAGAUGACAGAAGCAAUGGAUGGUUGGUGCCAUUGAAAUCUGUUUGUGAGGUAUUCAUGACUUGCAGCUCAAUUGAUUGUAUCCAUGGAGGUUGUUGUGGUUUAAAUGCACUAUUAACUGCACCUCACUGUCAUGCCAGCCACGUCUUAUUCUCCUAGAUUCCUUUGGAUAAGAAAACUGCUCAUUCUCUUCAAGUAUAGAGAAGCAUUCAGUGGCUUAUCAUAACUGAUUUGAGUGCGCUCUGUCCAUUGGAUUGAAGGAUUCUCUGUUCUGCUUAUUGAACCACGAUUUCCAUGGGACAGAUUGGAACAUUUUGCUUCAGUGGUGACUGUGGUUAGUAGAGAGGUCUAUAUAAGUUUCUUAAUAGACAUUCUCGUUACUUUCACUUUCAUUAAAACUCUCGCGAUUGAAGGACUUCAACAAAGAAAGUUACAAAAGACUGCUAUUUAUUGAAUCUUAUAGCAAAGAGUGCCCCCAUUGGCUCUAAAAAUGUCCUUAAUAGCAUCUGUUCAUCUUUAUAGAUCUUAUAAUGAGCUGAUUUUCCAUUCAUGAAGAUCAAAAUGUGUGUGAAAACUGACUUUUACUGUUUCAGAUUGAUGGUUGAAACAACGGCAUGGACCUCUUAUCUAAAUCGUAGACUGGAAAAGAUUUGACAGCAGAGGCCUUUCUUGCACAAUGUUCAUGCUGUCCCUGCCUUUCUUACAGCCCUCUUGGCUUUUGUUUGUGCAUAAUAAACAAAAAAAAGUAAUAUUGCUUUAAUGUUUGUCUUAAUUGAUUGAUGUUUCAUGCUA